AUGCUCAACCUGGCAGAGCAGCAGUCAGGCCGGUUUAGACCUUACCCAGAGUUCCUCACCAGGGCUUACAGCUGGAGGCGCAAAAACAACCAGUCAGACUUCCCGCCUCUUCACAGGAGCAGAACGGCCUACUACGACAUCCUCCGGGUAUCCCCAAGCGACACCCGAUCCCAAAUCAAGACCGCCUACUACAAGCAGUCGUUCAUCUACCACCCAGACAAGAACCCCGACAAAGAGGAGGCCACCCAGCAUUUCUCUGAGAUCAGCGAGGCCUAUGCCAUGCUGGGGAGCAUGGUCCUGAGGAGGAAGUACGACCGCGGCAUCCUCAGUGGGUCAGAGUCCAGGAGGCCGGCAGACCCUCGGAACGGGGCCUCUAGCCUACAGCAGCAUCAACAACAGCACAUGUCCCAGGGGUUCUCCAACGCUGGAGGGAAGGCCAUGUUGGACUUUGAUGCCUUCUUCCAGGCUCACUAUGGAGAGCAGCUGCAGAGGGAGAAGGAGCUGAGGGCCAGAAGGGCCCAGUACCAGCAGAAACAGCUGCAGGAUUAUAAGCAGUGGAAGCUGGGGAAGACGUUGGAGAUUACUGUAGGGCUGCUGCUGGCCCGAACCACUGACAUGAAGAACACCGGAUACUACUUUCUGUAG